AUGAAGAGGAAGUUGGACCACGGUCCGGACGGUCGGCCCUUCCCUUCAGGGAAGAAGCACUGCAAAGGCAACGGCUUCCUCAGCCCCUCCAGUCUGGCUCAGGCCACGCCCACCACGUUCGGGGACCUGCGGCUGGCCAAUGGGCUCUCAGCUCAGCGGCGACGUGUCACCUCCGACUCGCCUCCUUCUGGCCUCCAGGACUGGCUCCUCACCUUUCAGACGUGGAGCGGACCUGAGAGGCUCCUGGCUCUGGACGAGCUGAUCGACAGGUGUGAGACCAGCCAGGUGAAGCACGUGAUGCAGAUCAUCGAGCCCCAGUUCCAGAGAGACUUCAUAUCGCUGCUGCCCAAAGAGCUCGCCCUGUACGUGCUGACCUUCCUGGAUCCCAGGGACCUGCUGCGGGCCGCUCAGACCUGCAGGUACUGGAGGAUCCUGGCUGAGGACAACCUGCUGUGGAGGGAGAAGUGUCGUGAGGAAGGUAUAUCAGAGUGUUUGCUGCAUCGUCGUAGAGAGUGCGUGCGACCAGGCGCCGCCAUCAGCCCGUGGAAAUCUGCCUACAUUAGACAGCAUCGCAUAGAAACCAACUGGAGGAAUGGGGACGAGCGUGAACCCAUGGUGUUAAAAGGUCACGACGAUCACGUUAUCACCUGCCUUCAGUUCAGCGGCGACCUGAUUGUCAGCGGCUCUGAUGACAACACGCUCAAAGUCUGGUCGGCCAUCACUGGAAAGUGUCUGCGCACGCUGACGGGCCACAGCGGCGGCGUGUGGUGCAGCCAGAUGACCGUCGCCACGGUGAUCAGCGGCUCCACCGACCGGACGCUGCGCGUGUGGGACGCCGAGAGCGGCGAGUGCGUGCACACGCUGUACGGGCACACCUCCACCGUACGCUGCCUGCAUCUCCACGGCAACAGGGUGGUGUCGGGCUCCCGGGACACGACGUUGAGGGUGUGGGACGUGUUGACGGGCCGCUGCGAGCACGUCCUGACUGGCCACGUGGCGGCGGUGCGCUGCGUCCAGUACGACGGGCGCCGCGUGGUGUCGGGCGGCUACGACUACAUGGUGAAAGUGUGGGACCCCGAGACGGAGGUGUGUCUGCACACGCUGCAGGGACACACCAACAGGGUCUACUCCCUGCAGUUUGACGGCGCCUUCGUGGUCAGCGGCUCAUUGGACACGUCAAUCAGGGUCUGGGACGCAGAGACAGGUGGGUGCAUCCAAACGCUGACCGGCCAUCAGUCGCUGACGAGCGGCAUGGAGCUGCGGGACAACAUCCUGGUGUCCGGGAACGCAGACUCCACGGUGCGAGUGUGGGACAUCCGGACGGGACAGUGUCUCCACACGCUGCAAGGUCCCAACAAACAUCAGUCAGCAGUGACCUGCCUACAGUUCUGCAGAGGCCUGGUUCUGUCCAGCUCCGAUGACGGGACCGUCAAACUGUGGGACCUGCGGACCGGAGCCUGGCUGCGGGACGUGGUGGCGCUGCAGAGUCGGGGAUCAGGCGGCGUGGUGUGGCGGAUCAGAGCCUCCGACACCCGGCUGGUGUGCGCCGCAGGAAGCAGGAACGGCACCGAGGAAACCAAACUGCUGGUGCUGGACUUCGACCUGGAUGAUGAGAAGAAGGAGGCGGACACAAAGUGAAAAAAAAAAAAAAACACAGAGGGUUUUAUCAACCAAGACUCAGAAACUCAGAUUUAUGUUUUUUUUUGGACCAAAGUCCUGACUGAGUCCAGGUGUCUCCCAUCAGUCAGCUGUGAAUGUUACGGAUGUUCUGAUUGGCUGGCAGAGACCGACGAGUAACUGAAGUGAAUGGACCAGUAACAGAGACGGCUCAGAGGUUUGACUGUAGCCGAUGAGGAGGACAUUCACUGGUUUUGCUGCUGUUUUCAAGUCAUCGACUCCAAAUCUACCAAAUCCUGACGUGUGGAGGGGACACGGGCGGCGAAGACGAGCAUUUCUCGUUUCACUCCGCCUUCAUCUCGAUUUUUAUCUUUUUUUAAUUUAUUUUUUUGUCCAGGUUUGCAGCUGAUUUGCUCGUCUCCGCUGCCCACAGGACACGUUUGGAAAACACUGUUUUUAUUUGUGCGAAGAGGAAGGACUGUGGUUAGAAACCCACGAGCAGAGCCUCACAUCUGCAACAGCUGGAAACAUCUGGAUGGUUUUAAGAUCCAAGUGUUGGGCUGAUGCUGCUUCUUCCCCAGGCUGUCUUCCACCUGCUCCUUAUUCUCACUGCAGAUCACAGAUUAAUAAAAUAAUCUAAAGCAUUAAUGAAAAAUGUUUCCUCCUCCGUGAAACAUUAAGUUUCAGAUCUCUGCAGACCAGAAUAAUUUAUUAAUCUGAUUCUUGUUUCCAUGUUUGUAUGAA